AUCUAUCCCUGCAAAACCAGUGCCUGCAUCCCAACCCCACAUCUCCCCUGCAAAGUGCCUGUCUGCCUUCCCCUCCCUAGACAAUGAGCACACAUCCUGACAGGAGCAGGAGUCAUCUGGAAGGCGUCUUGGGAGGUGACUGCAGAAGAGCUGUCACAGGUGGAGAGAUGCUGGUGCUGGAGCUCAUGUAGAGAAGGGAGGUGUCUUCUGGAAGCAGCUGCCCCUUUCCUUCCAGCUCCUCCACUCUAGCCCAGACUACUGCUGCUGCUGCUGCAUUGGGAUACACUGUAUGACCCACUUACCCACAUCGGAGGAGGCUACAGCUCGUCCCAGGGCCUGCCAGGUCCCCAUGUGCUAAGCAAGAGACAGCAGGAGGUGGAAGCCAUCCCCAGACAGCGCCCAGAGCCCUGUUCCCAUAAUUUGGGGGAAAAAACACAUCACGCAUACUAUUUAUUGCUGGCAAUUGUGUUUAGAAGACCUCAAGCUUGUCCAGAAGUCUGAGAUUAUCAGAAAUUCAAUUACAACUUUAGAAUGUUGCUGAGAUUAUCUACAAGAAUGUGACUGUUCUGCCGAAACAUAAACUUUAAAUUGGUUCAUUUUAUUCUGUAUUGUUACCUUAGACCUAAUCGAGAUGCCUGCUAAGACACCCAUUUACCUAAAGGCUGGAAACAACAAGAAGGGUAAAAAAUUUAAACUGAGAGACGUGUUGUCCUCAGACUUGAUCAGCCCACCAUUAGGAGAUUUUCGGCACACCAUACACAUUGGAAAAGAUGGACAACAUGAUGUCUUUGGUGAUAUCUCUUUUCUACAAGGUAACUAUGAACUGUUGCCAGGAAACCAAGGAAGACAAAGAAACAGUCAUUUGAAUGGACACAAUGAGUUUUUGAGGGCAAACAGCACUUGUGACUCAAUGUUUUCUGACACAUCUUCACCCGUUCUUAAAAAUGCUAUUUCUUUGCCGACAAUUGGUGGCUCACAAGCUUUGGUCUUGCCCUUGUUAUCUGCAGUGACUUUUAACUCUAAAAGAGACUCUUACAGCCCUUCAAAGUCACCCACACUCAGUUGUGAGCCUGUGUUAGAGGAAAAGUUGAUGGAAAAGUGUGAGCCUUAUGAAAGUGAGCAUCAAUUCGACCGUGGAAGCUCAUGGAAAGUCAGUGGCUCUGCAUCUUGCUCCACAAACGGAAGGUCAAGCCAUUCAUCUAGUCUCUCUGAACAGUAUAGUGAUUGGCAAGGGCUUGACUUGUUUGAAGAUAGCCAUAGUCCUUGUGAAAUUGAGAACACUGAUUUAAAACCAGAGAAAUCUCUUUCUGACUUGGCAGGAUCUUUCCUAACUCUGCAGCUUGACUUGGGCCCUUCUCUUCUGGAUGAGGUGCUUCAUGUAAUGGACAAGAACAAACCAUAAAACUGUUAACUUCCAGCAUUCUUCAGACACAUGGUACCUAUACAAUAUUCAUCAGUUUUGAUCUACAUUUUGGAUAGAUUUUCACAGGGCACGUUUUCCAUGAUUAGUAGCAAUAUUGGAGUGAAGGAUUCCGUUUUUGUUCUUAAUAUGAAACUAAUGUAAAUAUGAACGCUAACCUUCCAUUUUUAAUGUAUUAUUUGAAAGUUUUUGGUCAUGCUAUGAAUAAUACAUGUGGAUCAUGGCUGUAAAGUUACAUAUCCACUAGCCUGAGAUACAUCUGUAGAUUUUCAGUUUCUCAGUAAACCAUAUCUUUUUCAUAUUCUAGUCUGAGAUCUCAUAAUAUUUUGGACUAUGCUAUUAUAAGGACAUCUUUAGGUCUUAACAAGAUGUUCCCCAGGUUUGUACAACAAUCUUUUUACAAACAUGUUACAUGGUUGGGGAUGGUUCACUAUCUGUAUACAAGAGGCAGACGUUUCAUUUUACUUAAUUUGUAUUUUUCUAUUCAUGUCAAUGAAUUUUGCAUUUUAUUAUCUAUUUCAAUUGCCAAUUCAGCUUUAGCAAGAAGUGUUAUUAAAUUUCCUUUCACUUAAAGGAUUAUUUGAUGCCAAGCUUUAAACUACAUGAACCGUUGCAAUGACCAUAAGUUAUUUCUGUUUCACUAUCCUUUUAUGUGCCUUUGCAUUUUAACUGCAACAUUUGUAUUUUUAGACAUGGCAUCACCAUUUGUAUUGCUUGUAGAUUUUUCAUUGCAGGUCUAUUGUGUAUUUUUUGUGAGUGUUCAAACAAAUGUGCAUCUUUUUUCUUACCUUAGUCCUACAAAUGCUUAAAGCUUCUAUGUUACAUUUGUAAAUGAAGCAUUAGUUUAACACAUUGAUACAAUACCUACAAUAAAUAGUUAACAGCUUGGUUGGAAGUCAGUAUUUAUAGAUUUUAGCUAGUAAAAGGGAAACUAAACUCUAAUUUAUAGUUGGAAACAAAAUUACAUUAUUUUAUAUAAGUUACAUAUUUUACUCAUUGCAGGUGUCUGUAUAUGGGAUCAAAUGUGUUACCAUGCCAAUGUUAUGUUGCUUUAUUUUUCUUUUCUAUGUAUCUCACUUAACUAGGAGAGUUACGAGGGCCAUAUAUUUUAGUGUUGAGUUUCCCUUUAUGAAUACAACCAAUAGUAUGUACAGUAGCUCAUCUGCAAUACCGUAACCAGUGUUUGUUGGAUUUACCCUGCCACUUUAUGAACACAAAAGAAAAGCACUUGUAAUUUUGUUUGCAUUAAGUUUUAAAUGCAUUUCUUAUAUUUUGGAAAUGUUAAAUAUUAAAGGUAAAUAAAUUGACUUUA